ACUUGCCAAAAGCCUGACACAAGACCACGUGGUCCUCACAUGUCAGGAAAGACACGUGUUAUACAGAAUCUUAGCAAUUUACGGUGGACCCAGAAUCCAUGCUUGACUGCCAAGUGUCAUCGCCUAAAUUGGCGAGUACAAUCUGUUCAUCUACUUGAAGACAUUAAAUUAUUCCAAAAGCCAAAGCAGAAGCUGUGGGUUCGGGCCCACCCCAAAACUAAGCUAACCACCAGAUAACGUAACAACUUUUGAUGCCACUAACUUGUUGCCACGUGUCAGCCCCUGGAUUCUCUCCUCCCCACUUGGGUCUCCCUACAGUUAGACCUCCCUUCCUGGCUUCUCUUCACUGUGCUCACACUCGAAAUUAGUUGAGUUCUGAGAGCUUUGUGUGUGAGAGAUGUUGAAAGAAGAGACUAGUGAUGGUGGUGGUGGUGGUGGCAGCAGCAACAACUGGGCACGUGUAUGUGACACAUGCCACUCUGCAGCUUGCACAGUGUACUGUCGAGCAGACUCAGCCUACCUCUGUGCUAGAUGUGAUGCCCGUGUACAUGCUGCAAACCGGGUGGCCUCGCGCCAUGAACGUGUGUGGGUAUGUGAGGCAUGUGAGCGUGCACCUGCUGCCUUCUUGUGCAAGGCAGACGCUGCAUCCUUAUGCACUACAUGUGAUGCUGAAAUACACUCUGCGAAUCCACUUGCACGUCGCCACCAACGUGUUCCAAUUCUUCCAAUUUCAGGGUGCGUUUAUGGCCCCUCGGCCACUGACCUAGGUGGAAGAAAAAUUGCAUCAGCAGCUGAAACUGAAGACGGUUUUAUGGACCCGGAAGGAGAUGAGACAAUUGCCGAGGAAGAUGAGGAUGAGGCAGCUUCAUGGUUACUGCUGAAUCCUGGGAAGAAUAGCACAAACCAGAAUAACGGGUACUUGUUCGGUGGGGAGGUUGAUGACUAUCUGGACCUUGUGGAGUACAAUUCAAGUGUUGAGAAUCACAUCACAGAUCACUAUAAUCAGCAGCAGCAACAUUAUAGUGUUCCAAACAAGAGUUAUGGGGGUGACAGUGUUGUGCCAAUUCAGUCUGGAGAAGCCAAAGAUCACUUGCAGCAGCAGCAACAUCAACAGCAGAGUCUUCAAUUUGGCCUGGAUUAUGAGUCCUCAAAAGCUGCAUACAGCUACAAUGGUUCCGUUAGUCACAGUGUAUCCCUUUCCUCUGUGGAUGUUGGUAUUGUGCCAGAAUCAACUAUAAGUGAUAUCUCAAUCUCGCACCCAAGGCCCCCCAAAGGUACAAUUGACCUUUUCUCUGGACCUCCCAUUCAGAUGCCAACACAACUUACGCCAAUGGACAGGGAGGCCAGGGUCCUGAGAUACAGAGAGAAGAAGAAGACAAGAAAGUUUGAAAAGACAAUAAGGUAUGCUUCAAGGAAGGCAUAUGCAGAAACAAGACCUCGGAUCAAGGGUCGGUUUGCAAAGAGAGCAGAUGUCGAAGUUGAAGUGGACCAGAUGUUCUCCACAACACUAAUGACAGAAACUGGAUAUGGCAUUGUCCCUUCAUUCUAAAUGCAGUGACAAAAGGAAAAAGGAAACAGAAACCUCUAUGGAUGAGAAUUGUACGAGUUGAUAGUAAAGCUCUAAUGCUGAUACUGUAUCUUUUUCAAUCUAAUUGGUCUGAAUCAAUUAGAUAGUAUAUGUUUAGUAAUUUUGUUGAUUGUCUAGAUCAUGCUAUCUUGUAAAUGCAUGUAUAUCUAUAAUUUUGGAAUUUAGUGCUUUGGAAUUACAAUUAUCCUUUUCUUGGGGUUCCA